UCGACAACGAGAGACGUCUGUCUCUUUUCGUUCGGCUGAGCGUAGACAUCAUGUCGCUGCUGAUUGUAGCUUGUAGCGUUUUUAAUCGCUCGAAAUCACAGCGGUGGCGACAAUUACAGUUAGAGUGGCGCUUGUAACGGUAGUCGCGGUGCUAGACACACAAAUUGCAAGAACGAGGAGGGCGCUUGUCCGUCAAUCAGCAAACAAAAUAACCAACGAGCAACAACGAAACCAGAACUGAAUUCUAGUCGCCAAAGCAAACGAAUAAAGAAUCGUAUAAAAAUCGUGCCAGAAAAUGAAAUAAAUAAUAUUAAUAAACAUUAAAUUAAUAGCCCGAACACACACAGCUGUUUGCUGUUGUUGCUGCUUUUGGUGUAUGGAUGGACGAGAAGAAGGAAGUGCUGCUCUGUCCCUGCUUCUGCUUGGAAUUGGCGGCAGUUUGACCUCACCAACAACAACUACAACAACACAAAACACACACAGAGAAACGCACACAUUGAUACGCGUUCGUCAUCAGUCGUUGUCGUUAGUCUCCGUCCCGUGCCAGUUCCCCUUCCGCUGCAGUGGUCCCGUGCCCGUUGCUCCUGGCCCUUGCCAUUGUGACAUUUGAUUUAUUUGACGUGUGUGUGUUUUUGAUAGAAGCUCAACACGAAACUGACACGUUCACACACACACUCUAAGCCACAUAUACGCGUGAGGAGGAGCUCUGCAGCUGUGUAGCCUCUCCCACCCCACACUCUGUGCUUAAGAAUUUUUAAUUUCUUGUGACGAACAAAAAUAAAAAUCCAACGCGUUUUUCGCAUAUGCACACAUGUAUGUUUUUUCGAAAAAGUGUGACACUAAACAAAUCCAAAAACAACAAAAAAAACGAACAGAACCUAGCGCCAAUCACUUCAAUGGCAGCGAAGAAAUUAAAUACCAAACAACAGUAAUGUAAUCUCACAUAGUUCAAUAAUUAAAUAAAUAGGUAAUAUUUAAACGAAGAAAAGGGAACCCCCUAAAAAAAUAUAAACAAUUUCUGCCACAAUAUGAUGCUGCACGAGGCUGUCAUGCUGGAGAUCUAUCGCCAGGCACUAAGUGCGAGCGAAUUGGCCAGUCCGCGUUGUCAUUCCCGCGAAUCGAAUGCUUCUGCUGGAGCGGCACCAGGCGAUGGCAGGUGUCCGUCGAAUGAGUCGCACUGCUCCGCCAAUGAUUGCCUCACGCCGGCACCCACACCAACGCCCAAACACACGCCCACCUCCCCCACAGUGGGGCAUCCGCUGACGGCGACACUGGCGCCAGGCGCUGCCGCAGCAUUACUGCCACCACAGUCGGCAGCUAUGGCCGCAUACCUGGCGGCUGCACAACAGAAUCAUCUGCUGCUGACGAAUCCGUUGGCAGCAGCGGCCUCUCUAGUGCAGCAGGCGACACAGCAGGCGGCAGGAAUGGGUUCACCCGGCAGCUUGGUGGCCGAGGAGGAGGCCCCUGCACUGGAUUUCAGCAGAAAGCGACCCUUCAGCGAGGAGGAAGAGCCGUUGCCCAGUGAUGAGGAGGAGCCGGAGCCAGAGCAGGCGGAAUCGGGCGAUAAUGGGCCACUGGAUUUGUCGGUGAGCACCAGAAAGCGACAGACAACGGUGGAGGAGCGGGAGAGGGACUCACCUGUCCGCAAGCUGCCUCGUGCCACGGACUACAAGUCGCCGCUACCGCCGGGCAGUUGGGUGCCACCUCUGAAUCCCUACUUGGCGGCAGUGGCAGCCAAGAAGAUGACGCCCAGUGAUGCCACCAAAGCGCUGGAGAAGAUGAGCGAAAUGAGUCGCCUGGAGACGCCUCCGCCAGUGGGCAGCAGUGGCAGCCACAGUAGCCACAGGAGUGUGGCAGCAUCCGGGACGGCAGCAGGAGGUAAUGGUGCAGGUGGACGCCACAGCGCCUGGCAAUCGCAUUGGCUUAAUAAAGGUGCCGAUGCCGCCAAGGAUGUGUUCAAGUGCGUGUGGUGCAAGCAGAGCUUUGCCACAUUGGCCAGCCUCACGACCCACAUGAAAGAGACGCAGCAUUGCGGUGUACAGAUACCGUCACCAUCCUCCUCCGCCGCUCCAGCACAUCCUCAGGCUAUGCCCCGUGUGGCCACAUCCACCUCGACAUCGGCAUGCUCCAGCAGCAGCAGCACCUCCACCACGAGCUCAAACUCAUCCAAAUCGGAACUAAAUAUGCUCAUCAAGGAGACAAUGCCGCUGCCCCGGAAACUGGUUCGCGGCCAGGACGUGUGGCUGGGCAAGGGCGCGGAGCAGACGCGACAGAUCCUCAAGUGCAUGUGGUGUGGACAGAGCUUCCGUUCGCUGGCCGAGAUGACCAGCCACAUGCAGGAGACGCAGCACUACACGAACAUCAUAUCGCAGGAGCAGAUCAUCUCCUGGAAAUCGGGCGACGAACGCGAGCGACCCAAUGCAGCGCCCAAUGGCAGGGAGGUAGGCGGUCCAGUUCCCCCCCCAGCGGCCAGCAGUGGCUCGACAGCGGCCAGCGUCAGUGCGGUGCUCACGUGCAAGGUGUGCGAUCAGGCAUUCUCCACGCUUAAGGAUCUCAGCACACACAUGGCCCAGCAGUCGCACUACAAGGAAUCCCGCUCGGCAUUGUCCUCAUCCUCUUCGAUAUCGCCACCUGCACCGCCGGCCACAACGGGAGGAGCUUCAGGAGGAGGAGCAAGCGGUGGGACAACCAAACGCGGACGUCAAACGCGCAAUGAAAAGCGCAAAAAAUCGCUGCCGGUGAGGAAACUCCUAGAGCUGGAGCGUUCCGGCUCGAACUCAAGUCUGGACUCGGCCCUGAAGCCACUGAGGGACUUUGCUGCCGCCACGAAAAUCACCUGCGAAAAAUGUGGCAGCAAGAUCGAGACGGCCUUGUUCGUGGAGCACAUACGCAAGUGCCUGGGCGACAGCAUACCCAUACCGCCCAGGCGUCCGCAUGGUCAGAGUGAGUCGAUGGAUCGACUGCCGAGUCCGGGGAUGACGGGCGAUAAGCCACCAUCCGUGCUGAAUGCCUUGGAGCAGCUGAUCGAGAAGAGCUUCGAGUCGCGGGGAUCGCGAGGCCUGCACCCCGGCGGAGGAUACUCCGAUAUGGGCACUCCACUGGGCGCCAGCAUCCUGAAGCGUUUGGGCAUUGACGACAGCAGCGACUACACAAAGCCCCUGAUGGAUGCCCAUGCGAUGCACCUGCUGCGCUCCUCCUACGCCUCGCGGGACCGCAGUGCUAGCGAAUCGAGCAGCGCAAGUCGCGUGGAGUCGGCCUACACGCCUGAUCGGCAGCACGCCACACCGCGAAUGACACCGGACACACCAGCACCAGCCCAUGUAGCUCCUCCGCCGCCGCCACCCAUAAUCAAGGCGGAACCUUUGGAACAGCUGGACCAUGGCGAAACGGAUACCAGUCCACGGCAGCACAUCAAUGUGAAGAAGGAGUUUAGCAUGGAUUCAGCUGCUGGAAAUCUACGGGAGAGUCCCAGAUCUACCAGUGAAUCGCCAUCGCCACAGGGAACGGCAGGAGGAGCCACGGGAGGAUCGGAUAGUGGCAGCUUAUUGGCAUUGAAUUCGAUGUUUGAUCAGCUGAGCGGAGUGGAAGCAAAUAAUAAUAAUAAUAAUACGGGUCACUGCUAUAACAACAACAACAACAACAACAAUUCGAACAAUAUUCCCACCAAAAAAUCAAAGGCACAUCCCUUGGCUGCGCUGCAAAAGCUCUGCGAUACGACAGAUCCACCAGCCUCCAAUACACGCAGUGCAGCAACCACCACAACAACUGGGUCUGCACCUGGAGGCGAGGGCAGUGGUAGCAACGAUCUGGUGGCCUUCAGUUGGGCCUGCAACGAGGCGGUGCUGAGUGCCAGCAGUGGUGCUGGUGGCGAUGGGUCUAUCAUCAAGUGCUCGAUCUGUGAUACGCCGUUUGGUUCGAAGGGCGCCUAUCGCCAUCACCUCUCGAAGGUGCACUUUGUCAAGGACAAUGGCGAGGAUUCACCCACUAUGAAGUCGCCAGGAGCUGCAGCACAGUCACCAAAGUCCCUACCCAUGGCUUCGCCGAAGCGAUCCGCUUCGAGGAGUCCGGCAGUGGCGGCGGCGGCGGCACAGCAGCCAGCGCCAUCGCCCACCAUCAAUCCGUACGACGAGAGUCCGCAGUCAAAGUUCUUGAAGUACACCGAAUUGGCCAAGCAGCUGUCAUCGAAGAAUGCCUAAAGGACUAAAUUAAGCAAGCAAGCAACCAGUGGCGACAAAUUGUGAACAUUUAGAAUGUAUUUUAUUCCGCGAAAACCCUGUUUAAUUUUUUUUUUUUCCAUAUUUUAUCCACUUAAAUUUAGUUCCAUAACCUAUUUCUAGUCCCAAUCUAUGAAAAAUACAGCAAGAACACAGCUGAAUUCUCAAAUGGAGCAAUUAGUUAGUUUUCUUUAAAAAUUUUGAUUGAUUUUGUUAGUAAGAGCUGUUCCAUUAACUUGAUAAGUUGUAUAACAUUUUACUAAUACAAAUUUUGUUUCAACUUCCGAAAUUUCUUCUGUAGAAAUUUACCAAGCAAUUUGUACUUUUUUGUCCGCCCAAGCGAACUUUUACUGUAUUGUAUAUGUAUAUAAAACAUAUAUUAUUGCGGCCGUAAAACUAAUUACCAAAAAACAUUUUUAAUUUUAACUGUUCUCUGCUUUCAUUACCAUUCGUCUGUUGCACAGUGUAAAUCCUCCCACAAAAUAUCAGCUGAGAACCGACUCCAGUUUUUGUUACUUGAUUUCAUUUCAGUGAUCAAUGGAAGGAAGAGAGUGGAGCAUAACAUUGAGAAUCUGCAGCUAAUUUACGCUCCCAAAUGUUGAAGUCUUUAUCUCCCUUGAAUUCAGCAAAGCUUUCGCUCGCUCUCCGUUGUUCUCUCCUCUCUCUCUCUCUCUCUCUGCACAAAAUAUUUCCCCUACUUUUGCUGACUCAACAUAACAUUUCCCCAGCCAGCCCCUUUGUGCUCUUUGGGUUCUCUUGUAGGAGUGACGUCACUCUCAGCUCCUUCUGUGUGUUUUGUCCGAUUUUAUUGUUUCUCAAUCAGAAAGCAUGCCAUCGCAGUCGCACGUGCUAAAUUCAAUUACCACCACUUUGACGAACUGUCCAUCAACCAAAAGAAGGCGGCGACGCAAUGCGAGCCAAAAAGAGACAACCAUAGUGCUGGUGCAAACCGUUUGACGAAAGGCGACGACACGAGUUCGUCAAAGUUGGAUUGGAUGGAGGCGAAAGCAAGACAGAAAAAACAACAAAAUAGGUGGGAUGAACGAGCGAGCGAGAAAGAGAGAGAGAGAGAGAGAACAAUUGAGUGGAACGGGUUUUUUGAGUGGACAGCCCAACACUCAUGAGUGCGAAUGAGAGAUGCGCCAUUUGAGUGAAAGAAAAAAAAGCGAACACCUUAAAAAUACGUCAUUAUAUUUUUGAACGAUUGAUGGAACUAUUUGGCCAGAUCGUUCCCUGUUUUGAACUAAAAAAGAAAGCAAAAGCGUGCCAAAAAGCAAAAUUGAAAAACUUUAAAAUAAUUAUACAAAUUAAAUCAUUACAAUUUAAGCAAUUUACAAAAACAAAUGCAACGCAGUAUACGUAAAACUCUUGGAAAACACUUAAAA